AUGUUGCAAUUUUUAGAUAGAUGGCGCCCUGUUCUGUUUACAUCCACAAAAGUUUGUUGGCCUUUGUCCUAAUGAAGACUGGUGCCAUUUGUUGUCGUCAUGUGUUUAUACGGUCAUGGCAGGGGAAGCUAUGUGGAUGGCUGCCCUGCUAGUUUUUGUCCAUACCUGCGUCGAUCAGCUGUGAAGAGUAACAGUUUCCACCCUUUUCCAUCCCUGUAAAGUCAUGUUUACUACGAUACUGGAAUUUUCGAAUGACGUUGUUGGUUAAUGAAUUACAAUGGAGGAAGAGAGCUGCAUUUGGCUGUGUCUUCCUGACAGCCUGGUACUGCACAUCUUCAGCUUCCUCUCUUCACACGAACUCCUGAGGGCAGCGCAGGUGUGCAAAGCUUGGCUGUGUAUCAGCCACGAUGAACUGUUGUGGAAGGCCCUACUGUACGGGGAGUGGAGGAUCGAUCAUUGUCUGUCAUUGCCUCUAGGCUGCCCAUCCUACUUCCGUGAGUUCCGACGCCUGCAGUGCCAUGUACCCUGCCUGGAGGUACAAGUUCUUAGAGAGCACACGGACCAAGUGCUUCACGUCAGCUUCUCCCACAAUGGCAAACUGUUUGCCACCUGCUCCAAGGAUGGCACCAUCAAGGUCUGGAGGGUUGGCCCUCCAAUCUCGCUCAAGUACAGUCGAGCGAUGAAGGACCUGUUCCGCUGGCAGUACACCCAGUUUUCCCAGUUCAACGCCAACGACACGCUGCUCUUAGUGUCUGGUGUCCACUUCGGACCCAACAGCACCUCUGGGGAGAUCGCUGUAUUCAACCUGAAGGAUGACUUUGCUCUGCAAGCUCGUGUACUGAAUAAGCCCUAUGAUAUCUUUGGCUGCUGGCUGAAUAACACCUACCUCUUGUCGGGCAAACUCCAUUACCUGGGCCACCUGUCAUCUUGCUCAGCCCUCUGGCUCAACAAAGCCACCCAGGAGGUCCUGUCUGAACAGGAGUCGGUCAUCAUGCGCCUGUUCAAGUUCCUGAAUGUCAAUGCCAGCUCAGUCCGCAGCAUCACUGUGGCCAAUUGUCGCAACCUCGGCAAAGGCGACGACCAUGACGAGCCAUCGGUGGUGGGGAACUACAGUGAGUAUGACUCGUCAACCCAAGCAGGCCUUAAUUCCAGUGGUCCGAUGCCAGACUCGAGCGAGAGUGAGCUGGACGGUAAGGCCGGCACCGGCUGUUACAUGUACGAGAGUGACACAGAAAUGACCGCCAGCGAAAGUGACACUGGACAGAGCGGGAUGGAUUUACUUCAGGUGUUAUCCAGGGACACGCGUCAGGGGUCAUCCAGGGACCCAGGUCAGGGGUCAUCUAGGGAUUGGGGUCAGGGGCCGAGUGAACAAGUGAAAGACAGAGGAGGCAUUAGUGCAAGUGGGGCUGUACCCAAGUCUGGUGCUUGGCCUCUCCUGCAUCAAAGUCAGAGCGACCCCUGCUUGCCAUUAGACGCUGACCAACUGAGGAAGGCACGUGCAAUAGCAAACAUUAAUCAGAUGUAUCAGCAACAGCAGCAGCUGCUGCAGCAGCAGUCUGGUCAGACGUCACACCAGCAAGGGCAAUCAAAGGAGGCCAGCUCCGAAGCUGCACCCUCGUCCGUUCUGGGCCAACCCGCCCAGUCCCAACCUCAGGAGGUCUGCACCAAGCGAAGCUCCCCGGCCAAGAGGGAUGUCAGUGACGUCAGCGGCACGCCCCCAGAUGUCCUGCGCAAGAGCCUGCGCAUCGAGCCGGUCCAUGAGGGAAGCCAGCCUGGCACCUUGUCAUCGACGUCUCAGGGGAGCAGUGCUGCCAGUGGCCGGGGCCAAGCGGACUCCGACGCAUGCUGUACGAGACUCUGGCUGAGGGUCCGGAAGGCAGAGAUGAGGCGUGGAGGUGAGAAUUAUGACGAGGACCUUUUCCGAAUUCUGAUUGAGGGGAUCCAUCCCAACGACUGGACUGGACAGACUGAGGAGCACGGAGACACAGGGGCGAGUUGGAGUACCAGUGAUGGGCACAAACCUGCGAAUUCCUCAAAGCCUGGAACAAGCAAGGAGGGUGUAUCAACAAAUGCAGGAGAGGCCAGUCACUCUCUGCAGCCAUUGGAUCUGAGGGAGAGUCAGGCCGUUGGUGUCGGCUCCUCCCACUGCAGCUCCAGUGAUGCCAUCCUCUCCAGUCCUGACUGCGACCAGUCCUCGCUCACCUUUGCCGCUGACAGCAGCAGUGCCAGCGACAUCAUCCGGGCCUGGGGCAAGCACUUCACCUUUGGCAGCACGGAGAGUUUAGAUGAGGAGCCGCCCAUCCACUACCCAGACCGUUGUCGUGGGUUCAGCGACUCUGAGAUCACCCGGGGUCACGAGCCACUACAGCAAGACAACCUGCCGCAGCAGCUGCAGCAUCAGCAACAUCGGCAGCUGCAGGACAGUGAAGAUCCCAUGUCCAGCAGUNAUCCAGAUCCCAGCGCUGGCUGGCUGUAUCCAUUAGGCAAGUUCUGGGGAGAGGCCAGUCACUCUCUGCAGCCAUUGGAUCUGAGGGAGAGUCAGUCCGUUGGUGUCGGCUCCUCCCACUGCAGCUCCAGUGAUGCCAUCCUCUCCAGUCCUGACUGCGACCAGUCCUCGCUCACCUUUGCCGCUGACAGCAGCAGUGCCAGCGACAUCAUCCGGGCCUGGGGCAAGCACUUCACCUUUGGCAGCACGGAGAGUUUAGACGAGGAGCCGCCCAUCCACUACCCAGACCGUUGUCGUGGGUUCAGCGACUCUGAGAUCACCCGGGGUCACGAGCCACUACAGCAAGACAACCUGCCGCAGCAGCUGCAGCAUCAGCAACAUCGGCAGCUGCAGGACAGUGAAGAUCCCAUGUCCAGCAGCAGCCUGUCAGACUCCCAAACCCAGGACCAUGCCAACCACCAUGCCCACCAUCAUCACCACCGGACCAAAGUGCGACGGCGCAAAGUCCCAGCCAAGGUUGAACACCAGCACCUGAUCUUCACCAGGGGCAGCCUGGCAUACACCCCUCACCAGAUCGGCAUCAAGCGAAUUGAUGCCAACAUGGCAGACACCCUGAAGGGUCCCCUAGGGGUCAGCAUGCAGCCUGCUAGUGACCGUGAGGAGCCAGGGGAAGGUAGAGAGCCACAAGGGGACGGACAGGACCGGCCAGGGGAACUAGAAUUUGACAAAGUGGAUCAUGUGAUUGAACUGAAUGGCCAUGCUAUAGGGAUGGCAUUGUCUCCAGAUCAUAGAUACCUGUAUGUCAACUGUCGCUGCUGGCCACGCGACUACAUGAUCGCCGAUCCCCUGACCCCACCUCCAAUAGCUCAGGAGAUUGAGAUCCGAGUCUACGACCUCAUUAACCUGACCGAGGUCAAACGCUUCCACGGCCACAAGGCUUUCUCCCCAAAUGAUGAGUUCAACCUCAUCUUUCUCGAUGUCAGCGACCUCUAUGUGGCAAGUGGGGCGGAGGAUCGACAUGGCUACAUCUGGGAUCGUUACUAUGGCAACCUCUUGGCCAAGUUGCCUCAUCGUGACGUUGUCAACUCCGUGGCUUUCAACCCCAGGGACCCUGAGAUGAUGAUCACGGCCAGCGAUGAUCACACCCUCAAAGUUUGGUUCUCCCGACACAAAGCAGCGGUGGCCAAGGAUAUCAGAUAGUGAGCCCCUAUCCUUUCACUUCUGACCUACACUCAGCCAAAGUUGUCUCUCACCAAGUUUGCCACUGUAUUUGUCGAUUCUCAGUGUCUAUAGAUGUAAUAUAGAAACUGAAAAUCUCUCUGUAGGUUAUGGAAAGGACCCUUUUUGAUAUGUCUGAGACUCUACAGAUGUGAAACAGUUCAAAGUCGCUACACCAAAACUUAUCACAUCCUAAUGGUACAUUUAUCCCUGAUUUUUGUGACACACUAUUGUCAUAUUUGCCUGUAUUGGCACAUUCAAGAAUUCAAGAAAUUGAGAUUCUCAGAACGUGCUCUUUACGACAGUAUUUUGUGACAGCAGUGUUCUUUAUAAUGAGAGUUGACUUUAAGUCAAUAUGACAGACUGUCAGAGACCACAUCUGAUGGAAGUUAUACUAUUAGGAUGGGUACUACAGAUGUGUAGGGUUGUCAUUGUAAUAAUUUGUUUCAUUUUUGAAACUUUUGAAGCAUAAAUUGGUUUGUUAAUGCAAGCCCUUUGUUACCUUUGUAAUACCGUGUGCUAUUAAAAGUAAAACUUAAAAUGUAUGUAAAUUUUGAAAAUUUGUUCAAAUGGAUUGAUUUUAAGCUUAAAGGAAGAGUGUUCAGUGGAUUCAUUUUUGGCAGGGAAAUCAUUUUACCCAAAAAGUUUCUCUUAUAUCAGUCAACAUCCACUGUUUGAUAGAGAUAACACCUGCAUUGGAUUUACUUUUGUUUUAAUGCUUGCAACCAAUGGAAAAGAAAAGUUGUCAGACAGAAUGUCAUUGCUGUUACAAAAGCAUUUGAAGUUCUUCAGUGCUAAGGACCUGUUGCUUUAAAUAUUUUUCUGCUUGGUUGGUUUUCCUUUUUCUUUUCCUUUGUAAAGACACAUUUUUGUUCUACUUCUGUAAAGAGUUUCAUUCGGCAAACCUGUAAGAGGUUUUUUCCUGAAAUUUUUAAAAGUCACUUUAAAAAGCUGCAGAUGUGUGCAAAAUCGUAUCUGUUAACAUUGUUAUUCUCCGUUGAGCUUCCUAAGUACAUUUUCUCACAUCCAAAGCCGUUUUUGUUUGAAACUAGAACCCUCAAAAGAGUACAAACUGUGAAUACUCAUUUUAAGUGUCCAAAGGUUAAGAGAGAUGUGCAAGCAUGGCAGCCUUGUCAAAACAAGUCUUAACAAGGUGGAUGUGAGUUUCACAAAAGCUGUCAAAACAGUUUGACUCUGUGAUAUAAUGCUUCACUUAAAUUCGUAGGACCCCUGGUAUUUUGCUGGCUAUGACUUCUGACCUUUAACCUGCGACCCGAGACCUCGCACAACAACAGCAGGCAAAGGAUCUGAGAGGCACUGAACCAUCCAUCCAUCGCUGAAGCUGGAACGCAGUCAUCAAGUUUCACAGAGCUGUGAUAUGUAGCUACAUGCACCACUGCUCAUUACCUUGGCCCUGUAUCUUCAGCUGUCAUGGGUUGUGACUGAUGGCAACAACACGUGGAAAAGACACUGAAUUUGUAACUUGCAAGUAAUACUGACGUGCACUCCCAUAAGGGAGGGUCAGAAAAUAAGAACAGCUGGAAAUGUCAUCCACACUUUGCUGCAUUAUUACAUGCUGCUUGUUAUUGUUUGAAUUUUAUUCUGUGCAAUUUUAAACUUCCUAUGUGAGCAUAUGGAAGGAAGGUUGCAAGGUAUAUUGCAAUUUUUUUUUGUAAUUCUAAAUCAUGCAUAUUAGCAUCGGAUGGACAUAUAAACGUAGGCAUGCAUAUGACGUGCAUGUUGUAUAUUACUGCCUGCUACCGUUUUAUUCUCCACCCUGUCCCCUUCAUGAAAAUAUGUGUACAAGUAAAUUGGAACUUUGUAACCAUUUAAAUUGCACAGUGAAAUAUAAUGUCAUUUGGGUUUGAGGGACGUUGCCAGACCUCACAGGUUGAAUAUAGGGGGUCUCUCUAUCCGAUUCACAUCUGUGAAGUUUAUCAAAUGAGGAAAUAGUUGACAGUUGGAUAAGACCAAGUAAGAAAAUGCAACAUUAGGUUGGGAUAAAGUAAGAGAACCACCAUGUGUGGAGGAAGGCAAUUUUGGAGAGGUGGGUUUUCCUUCUGAAGUCCCAUGAGUGUUUGUGGAAUAACUUAAUAUUUUUUUUGGGGGGGGUCUACGUUGAAAUGUAGAUUUACAUGUAGUGAUAUGAAAAGUAUACUUACUGCGACAGUGUACUUGUAAAUACAGAUUAUUUUAAUACCUGUGGUGCUUAUCGAUACAAUUCCUAUUCUUAAAAACGUUUUAUUCUAUAUUUCAGCAAGAAAGAAAUACUGUUGCCUUGUUUGCCUGCAGCAAUGUACAAACCAAAGAAAAGUAUUUUCAAGAGGGAUUCUUUGAAGUAAAUUUAGUUUUAACUUUUUAUCUGCCAUUUUUUUCUGAGACAAACCUGCACGUGUUUUUGCAUAUUAAUGAACAGAAUCUCCUCAUUUACUGCGUGCAUUCACACUUAAGAUUGUUGCGUAAUGCGUGGGACAAAUGGCAAAAAGGGAGCGAUUUUAUGGGUGAAUUAGGUGACCAUUUUAAUGGUCCCAGGUCAUUUCUAGUGGCCCCCGCCAAUGGUGGUAAGCAUUGCAAGAACUGUUGUAUGGAGCCACUGUUUUGUGAGUCAUUCUGUACAAAACUGAAAUGAUUGCUUUCCACCAUUAAAUGGGGCCAUCAGAAAUGUCCAGUGAAAUAUCAGUAGAGUCAUUUAUAAGCAACACCCACCCAUCACUGAGAAAUUGUCACUAAUAAUGCACCAGCCUGCUCAAGCGGGGGACUUGGAUCCAUGACCUCCUGCUUGCAGUGCCUGUACCGGCCUGUGAACCACUCAGCUAUUAAGUGGUGUCAGGUUCAGCUGGCUGGUCCAAAUCCAGUGUAGAAGCUUUGCAUGGUAGCCAUCUUGCAGGGCAGUUCUUUUGGUCCACAGGGAAACCUCUUUUGUGCAUACACUGUGGAACAAAAACACUGGCCUGCAAAAUGGCAGCCGUGCAAACCCUCUAUAGACUGAUCUGGUGACCGGAAGAAGGCAUUGCUUCAAUGGUACCAGACUUACAAGGAGGUCAUAUGUGCACAUUGACUGCCUCUUGACCGAGAGAGUUGUGACCAUAGAGCUGUAUUAAAUUACUAGAGUGUAACUUAUUUCCUGCACAGAAUUUUGACCUUGUCUGGGCGCAGAUAGUUUGAAGUCGUACACUUGAAUUUUUCUCAGACCAGUCUGUAACGUGUAUGAACCACAGUCCCAGAAUUUUGGUCAUGAUGUAUAUUACAAAGUCACUUUGAAAAUACACAUCAUCUCUUUGGAAGAAGUGAUAUGAAACAAACUUAAGGUAGAAUUACAUAUGUAGGUAUCAAAUUUGCUGCGAAGUAGCCAUCUGCGUUAUGCUGCUGGGUCAUUCUAUAAAUUCAGGGAUUUUUUUCCUGGUCUGUUACAUCUGACACAUGAUUUUGUAGGUUUAGAGCAUAUUCUUUAAUUUCCAAGAGAGCUUAAUUGAUGCAAAUUACCUGCCAAAUAAAUAAAAAUGGAUUGAAGUCAAUUUCACUGAUAUAUCCCAUGUCAAAUUACACAGGUCAGGUGUAACGGACAGAAAAAUAUCACAUAUCCAACCCACAGUUUAUAAUGACCCUGCGGCGUCUCAUUUGCAAUUUCUCAAUGUUUACUUUGCAAUAAUCACGUGCAAUGUCUUGAAAAGGCCGUUACUAGAAAGUGUCCAGAGCUGUCUUGAAUUUGCAGUUAAGUGAAUGAGAAGAAAAUGCCUAGUUGACAAGUUUGUAUCAGUGCUGCAAUUGCUGGUUUGCAUUUGUGAAUCAUGCCUUGUGAUAAAGUCAGUUCCUUAUUUUGGGGGGCAUUCAAAACACCCAAACUGCCAUUGGUACUGAUUGUUAACAUGUAGUGGUAUGAUUACACAGCAGUGAUGGAAGUUGGCCCUCAUUCACACCUGAAUCUAAUUUUAAAAAAUGAUGUAUUCAUUUACACACGAAAAAAGUUAACAAAGGAAACGACAAGGCCUAUGUUUUAAACACAGACUUUUGUAAAGAACCUGUGUGCUUAUACCUUUAAGUCUAUUCUCUAAAUGAGGAAAAUUCAAUACUCAUCCACCUUCAGGUGAAAAAAAUUCAAUACAUCAUUGAUCUCAGGAGUGCUGUGAGGUGAUCAAAGGACCAGAUUUUGCUGGUCUGUCUAGAGCUAGGUUGAAUAGAUGUGUCCAAAACACUCUCUAUAGACUAUGAAGACGUAAUCAUGCAACUCUGUGUGGCUUAAUAGACCCAUGUUACGGGCAUCAUGAUAUUGGAAAUUUGAAUAAGUGUAAAAUAAAAAAGCACCAAAAUGCUGUAUGAAAUGGCAAACCAGGGAAUGAAAAUAAGGUUUAAUGCGACAAAGAAGUGUAUUUUCAAAGAUUCUGUAAACAAUUUGUGUAUACCCUUGAAAACUGACAUAACAUUAACUUUAACUUUAAUAAGGUAGUCAGCGUGUCUUGGAAUAUUCCUCAAUAGUUUGGUGCCAAUAUUAACUUUGAUAUUAGUGAACUUGUGUAGUGGUCUUAGUUUUCAGGUCCCCCAAGGGCAUGGGUGAUGAUUAUUGUGUCUUGAAGUAACCUCAGCACAGGUCUGCAUGAAGUCUGAGACUAAAGUCAGGCUGUGACCCGAAUGUUGUGACUAGGGCUUAAAAUAACACACAUCUAUGGAGGGCACAGACUAGUGGCUAAGACCACUUGCCUUUACACUAGUGUUACUCUAAGCCACAGCCGGUUGAUUAAGAUACAGCCUGUACUGUCAGUGACCCUUCAAACGGAAGUCAAGGAACCUGACCAAAAUGGCAACCAUAUGUUGACUAUUGUUCAGUUGUGUUUUCUCCACCAAGUCAAUGGUUACAACUGUCCUGUUAAAGGUGUCAAGUACAUGUAGAUCAGUGUUUCACUGUAACUUGUAGGUUGUACCCUAAAAGGAGAUGAACUACAUUAAAGGUACAUUUCAUGAGUGGUGUAUUCAGUGGGGGAGGGGUGGAGCAAGUUGCCCCAGAGAGAUGUCACCAUUUUUUGUUUGGAACCGAAAGUGUCCCCAUGGGGACAGUCAUUUUUAGAAAAAAAAAAGAGUUCAUUUUGAACACUCGACCAACAACCUGGAUAUGCCGCUGAUUUGUAUGCACGUUGCCAAACAUUUCUCUUGGCCAGUAGCUUACAAUGUGGUUCUAACUUGAAAAGAAAAUGUGACAUCCAUUAUUGUUUCACUGUAGCAGAGUGUAUGCAGAGCCCCAUCAGU